CUGGCAUAUCGUCCCAUAUGAUGUAUCUCGUCACGCGAUCCCGUGAGCCCAUUCACAGUGUGCCUCAUCAUGUGUUACCCCACCCCUUUUAACAGCACAACGAAUGCAGCUGGUUGAUCCCAGCUGCUGGCUGAUCUGCUCGUCGCAUGAUCCGGUAUAUAAGACCCCUCCUGACCCCCUCCUGAACCCCUCCACCCUUCUCCUCACCACCAUCUUUCUCCAAACUCGCAACUGUCAAAGCAUUCCACGUUUCGUUCCAAAAAGAUCCAGCAGCUUAACACAUCACUGUAAACAUGUCUGAGCCACUCACGAAAGUCGAUUCCGCCGUCCAAGGCGUCAUGGACGUCCCUCCGCCGAAGGAGGCCAAGACACGCCGAGCAAGCUCAAGCGCCACCGGCGUUAUGAACAUUAAGGACUUGGAGGCCCAGGGUAUUGAGCUCCAAAUUGCCAAGGAGACACAAUCGACCGGAUGGAAAGUCAAUACGUCGCCGUCCACGAUAGAAGAGAAGGACAUUUUGAAAAAGAUGCUCACGACUCCGCCCGUCAAGAAGAUUGACCUCCACUUCCCACUGGGGUUGCAAGUAACUGCACGGAACCUCAAGGGCGUCACCAUCAAGGACGCCUUAGACGCCAUACACAAGGCGUUCAAGAAGCGAGCCGACGACGAGCUCGAUUUGCCCUACUUGGCCGGGUUCGAGUGGGACAAGGAGGAAUCGUGGACUCAGCUGAUUGUCCACUUGCGCAAGGAUGCAGGCCAACCCAUGUCCAGCAAGAAAAAGGGCAAGAAGGACAAAUCCACCGAUGAGUAGUGAUUUGCCGUCCAGAGGGGGGUGUUUUGUCUUUCGUCUUUGGGGGGGAGUUGGGGGCCAGGGGAGGUGAUUCUGGGAUAAGGUCUGGGGAUCUGUACUUUACAAUGCAUUAAGUUGUUGCUCUUACAUGAUCUACAUUCGUGGUCGGGACCCAUCUCAAGUA